AUGGCGGACUCUGUGCUGCCCGGCAUUCCGGGAUACGAUCCUCACAACAUCCAACCAUGGACCGUGGAGGUUGUGGCGUCAGUAACCGUCCUGGCCGUUGUGUCAGUGGCGCUGAGGUUGUAUGCCGUUCUCAGCGUGCUGGGGCGACAGCAUCUCACUGCCCGUGACAACACCACUAACCCCAGCCCCGGCCAGUUAUGGAACUUUGUCGUGGUCGGCUUCAUUUUUGCCAUGCAUGACGCCGGCAUGGGCGUCCACGCGGACAAAGUUCCCAUGGAAAAGAUUGUCCUGAUGGCCAAGUUCCUCGUCGUGGCCGAGAUUCUCUACAUCUUCAAUCUCGUGUGGACCAAACUUGCCAUCCUGCUGAUGUAUUACCGCAUCUUCCACUUUCCCUAUUUCAAGAAGAUGGCCUACGGCAUCGGCGGCUUUGUUGUGGCCUGGUGCAUAACAUGUACCUUCCUCUUCAUUUUCAUCUGCGUGCCUGUGGAAAAGCUUUGGUAUCCAGAUCUCCCGGGUCACUGCAUCGACCAAGUCGGCACUUGGAUCGCAAACGCCGCGUCCACCAUCCUGACCGACGUGGUCAUCCUUCUCCUGCCCAUCCCCCAGGUAUGGAAGUUGCAGCUGCGGAGACCCGAGAAGAUUGGUGUCACCAUCGCUUUUUGCUUGGGCUUCUUCGUCGUCUUCGCCUCCGCCUACCGCUUCAGCGUCCUCUUCUCCUACACCAACGACGACCCCAGCUACAGCCUGGCCCCCACCGUCGGAUGGACCGCCAUCGAGAUGUCGGCCGGCAUCGUCUCGGCCUGCCUACCCACGCUGGGCCCCGUCAUGGCCCUGGGCGCCGCCAAGCUCGGCAUCAAGCGCACCAUGCUGACCUCCCGCGGCGGCGGCGCCACCACGGCCGCCUCGUCGAGGAACUUUGGCGGCAAGUCCACCACGCCGUCGCUGAGCGACCGCACAGAGGUCGAGCUGCAGAAGUCGACCAAGAAGGAUAACGCGGGGACGUUUUAUCGUCUGCCGGAUGACCAGGCCUCGGGGGAUACGGCGCGGGGGGUGGAUGCUGACCUCCGUCCGGAGCAUGGGUACGGGUAUACAGUGACGAGCCGGCCGGCGGGCGCGAAGGCCGAUGGGGCGAGCUUGAGCGGGGAUGAGGUCCCGUUGCAUGGGAUCCGCGUGCAGAAGGACUUUAAGCAGAGUGCUGUUUGA